AUGCUGUCCUGUUUCUGGUUCCUCUCCAAGCGCAUCAGCCCUUCGCUGGUAUCUUUGCACUGCACGUGCCGCGGCUCUGAGCUCCGUAGGCGCUGGGCCCCUGGGCGCCCCCCGGAUCCCCUACUGGUCGCCCCCAGCCGCCCGCUGGCCGCAGCUGCCUCCUCCCAGGGCCCUCCCAGAUCCACCGCCUCCGGCUCUCGGGUGCGCCAGAACUUCCACCCGGACUCCGAGGCCGCCAUCAACCGCCAGAUCAACCUGGAGCUCUAUGCGUCCUACGUGUACCUGUCCAUGGCCCAUUACUUCUCCCGAGAUGACGUGGCUUUGAACAACUUCGCCAGGUAUUUCCUUCGCCAGGCCCGGGAGGAGACAGAGCACGCGGAGAAGCUGAUGAGGCUGCAGAACCAGCGAGGAGGCCGGAUCUGCCUGCGGGACAUCAAGAAACCGGACCAGGACGACUGGGAAAGCGGGCUGCAUGCCAUGGAGUGUGCUCUGCUCUUGGAAAAGAAUGUGAACCAGUCCUUGCUGGAAUUACACACUCUGGCCUCGGACAAAGGUGACCCCCACUUGUGCAACUUCCUGGAAACCUACUACCUGAAUGAGCAGGUGAAGUCUAUCAAAGAAUUAGGUGACCACGUGCACAAUUUAGUUAAGAUGGGGGCCCCGGAUUCUGGCCUGGCGGAGUACCUUUUUGACAAGCAUACGCUUGGAAAUGAAAACAAGCAGAACUAAUCAGCAGGCCGCCUUCCCCACAGUCCUCUGGGUCCCAAGGCCAGGAAUCAGCUGUCUCCUGCUUUCUUGCACCAAAAAUUCACCUCCGUCUUUGUAUUUUUAUAUUCUUCUGUUAUAUUCUUCUUCCAGUGAAAUAAUUUGUAGAAA